AUGCUGAUUUUUGCAGUCUUUGUGUUCGCGGUAGCCCUUGUACGAGGCGCAUCACAGAGCUCGUCAGAAAAUUCCAUUGAUUCGUUUCCAGUAUUAACUGCGAAUAGAGACCGUGCAGGCCUAUACUAUGUUAAUGCGUCUUUCGGUACCCCGGGCCAGUCUCAAAAGCUAAGGAUAGACUUGGUGCAGCCUUAUAUGUGGGUCUUUAGUGAGGACAUGCGGCAAGCUCGCCAGAAUAGAAGCGCUAGAGCCAAAGCGGAGACAUACUACAACGCAAGCAAAAGCUCAACACAUGAAAAACUCAAUGGCGACAAGAUAUGGAGCAUGCAUUUCAUGGACCACAUUGCAUUUAACGGAACAACAGUCAUGGACGAAGUGAGCUUCAUGUGGUCCUCUACUUCUUCGAGCUCGGACGUUGCUACUGGGGAUUCCAACACGACACAGGACUUUUCUUCAGCUAAUACUAGCCGCAUCAGUGAUAAAAGCUUUUCGUUUUUGAGCGCAAAUGAAGUAGCUGCUUACAUACAGCAAGGCGCUUUGGGGCUUGCAGGGAGAGCAGCUCAGACCGGUUAUGACAACGACAGCUCGGAUUUUGACAGUUCCUACGUUUUGUUGGAUCGGCUGGUUGAUGAGAGCCUAAUUUACACCUCUUCGUUUUCGAUGUGGAUGGGUGCAGACACACGAGAUCCCCUCGAGUCUCCAGAACCAUCAAAUGGAUGCGGCAAGGUAAUUUUUGGCGCUGUUGACACCUCUUUAUAUACAGGCGAUUUUGUGAAGUUUGAUACUAUCCCCUUUCACAAUGCUCGCACAGGUGAAACGUCAAGGGGAUAUCCCAUAAUACCUCUGACUAAGGUGAACGUACAAUCCAAAUCCGGUGAAACCAAAAAUAUGACGUCGGAUUCCUUUUUGGAGCCUGUGCUGAUUGACUCGCGGUUCCGUUACAAUUACUUGCCGUUAGAAAUCAUUGUUCAAAUAGCCAUGCAAGCUAACGCGUACUACGUGGAGUCACUUAAUCGUUGGCUGUUGGCCUGCGAUGUUGGAAGGCUGGGUGCAUCUAUCAUUUUCGAGUUUGGAAACCUCAGUAUAAACGUGCCGUUAAAUAACUUGAUGGGUCCCACGUUUGAUUCUGACACUAACGGCACUCUUCAUUUUUCAAACAAACAGCAAGCGUGUGAGCUGAAACUUCUUCCUAGCACUGCAUCAGGAUUUAAUGUAUUAGGAGGCGCUUUUAUCAAAAAUGUCUACAUGGCCGCAGAAUUGGAAAGUAACCAAGUUGCUUUGGCCCAGGCACAAAAGGUUUCAAGUGUUACUACUACAAGUAGCACGGCAGAGCUAUCGCCAACGCCAACGUCCUCUAAAAGCGAAGAAGGGGGUGAUGACGCAGCGAGCCACCUCUCCUACUUCAACUUGAAGCCUGCUAAGACAAUAUCUGCUAUCAAGUCCGGAAUGAUUCCUUUCGCAACAACCAACAACUUGACGUCUUUUCAAACUAUGAUGUUAAGCGACAAAGCUACAAUGUCAACCUCUCCUAAUACGAGGCUUUUCAAUCAAUUUACUGCCACUAUAUCAUCAGAUGGAGUGAUUUUCACGGGUAGGUCAUUCUAUAAUACUACCAAUGACGUUUCAGUAUCAUCCACUACCUCGGCUUCCUUCGCGCUCUCUGAAACAACAAGCAAGUCUAAUGCAGCUCGGACAAACUUCCCUCUUCAAAGUGUUGGGGGGUCUGGCUUGAGCAUGCAUUUCUACUCAGUCACUGUUUUACUAAUUUCAGCUGCUAUUUUCGCAUUGUGA